AUGCGCCUACUCUCGUUUUCUCUAACCUCUUUGUCUUUCCUGGCUCUUGCCGUGGCCCAGGCUCCAACCGUCACACUUGACCAAAUCAAUGUUACAGGAGUACGAAAUGACACUGUCGACAAGUUUCUGGGUAUCCCGUACGCACAAGUGCCGAUCGGGGACCUCCGCUUUAGACUGCCUGUGAACAUCUCGUCUUACAACCAGAGCUUCGACGCCUCCAGUUACGGCUAUACAUGUAUCAACCAAAACUCUUCCUCAUCCACGAGUCUUGUCAGCGUGGUCGCUUCCAUUGCCGGCGACAUCAUCGGGGAUGACGACCCCACGACACCUCAAUCUGAAGACUGCCUGACUGUGAAUGUAAUCAGGCCCAAUGCAGACACCAAUAGCUCGCAUCCAGUCCUCGUUUGGAUCUAUGGAGGUGGAUUCGAAGGAGGGUCCACCAUUGGAUAUGACGACCUCACUACCACCCUCGUUCAACGAUCAGUUGCGAUUGGUAAACCCAUCGUUCUUGUAUCAAUGAACUACCGCAUGAAUGCAUUCGGCUUCAUCGCAAGUCAAGAAGUUCAAAACGAGGGGGUUGGGAACAUUGGAUUGCAUGACCAACGCGAGGCAUUACGCUGGGUCAAGCGGUACAUCGGGGCAUUCGGAGGCAACAGCUCUCAUGUGACGCUCUGGGGCCAAUCUGCUGGCGCCAUUUCCGCAAGUCUCCAGAUGGUCGCCUACGAUGGACGAGACGAAGACUUGUUCCACGCUGCUUUCAUGCAAUCCGGGUCUCCCAUCCCUGUUGGCAACAUAACGGGUGGUCAAAUUUAUUACAACGACUUGGUCAAUAGGACGGGAUGCUACGGACAGGACGAUACACUGUCCUGCCUCCGCUCAGCUCCUCUCGCCAACCUGACGGACGCCAUCAACCAAUCUCCCGGGCUCUUCGCGUAUCAGUCAUUGGCACUCGCCUGGUCGCCUCGAGCAGAUGGCACGUUCCUGACGGCCCAUCCUCAGCACCUCGUCCAACAGGACAAAGUCCUCCACAUCCCCAUGGUCUCAGGAGACGUCGAUGACGAAGGAACAGUGUUCGCUCAGUCGACUAAGAACAUAACUACCGACGAGGAGUUCCGCUCAUACGUGAGCGACCUCUGGCUUCCAGGCGCCUCAGAUGAGGAUUUGGAGCCACUCUGGGGCGCCUACCCCUCAGACCCAGCAGACGGGUCGCCAUUCAACACUUCCUUCGUUAGUGCGAUUACACCACAGUAUAAGAGGAUGGCAGCGUUUCAGGGAGACGCGGUCUUCCAAGCCCCGAGGAGGUAUUUCUUGCAAGAGCAAGCUGGGAAGCAGCCCAUUUGGUCGUAUCUGUCGAGAAGGUUGAAGUACCUCCCCAUCCUGGGCUCUUUCCACGCCUCCGACCUUUAUUUAGACCUCCUGAACGACUACGUCAUCCAAUUCGCGAACAACUACGACCCCAACCUCGAUGACAGUUUCAACGGCGAUGAUGACGAUGACAACGACCGCCCAAAUUGGCCUCAAUACACCGCUGACUCGCCUGCCCUGUACACCUUCCCUUCGACGGAUUUUGGCGAUAUUGAGAUUACGCAGGAUACGUAUCGUGAAGGGCCUAUGCGGGUUCUUACGAAUUUGUCGAUGAGGUUCCCGUUGUAG